AUGGCUGAAGACUCCUUCCUUCACCUUGCCCGCCCCCUGGGCCCAGUGUCCAUGGGAACCGCUCCCACCACCGCCCCUCUUAACGUCGUAAUUCAGCCGCAGGCCAUUUUCUCGAUCCUCGACCACUCUCUCCGCCGUAAUGCUGACCAGGAACGUGUCAUUGGAACUCUGCUAGGAACCCGAUCGGAAGAUGGAGGCGAGGUGGAGGUGCGAUGCGCGUUCGCCGUGGGCCACUCCGAGGCCGAGGACCAGGUCGAGGUGGACAUGGAAUAUCACAAGCAAAUGUUGGCGCUACACUUGAAGGCCAACCCCCGCGAAGUACUGGUCGGCUGGUACGCCACCGCCUCCGAGCUCAACACUUUCUCCGCCUUGAUCCAGAACUUCUACAGCGGCCAGGGUGACGGGACCUGGCCUCACCCCGCCGUCCACUUGACCGUCUCUACCGAAGCCGGCAAGGACCUCGAGACCCGUGCCUAUAUCUCCGCCCCUGUUGGUGUCACCGCUGAGCGGGCUGCCGACAGCGCUGCCUUUAUCCCCGUCCCUUAUGAGCUCCGAUACGGCGAGGCCGACAAGAGCGGUCUCGAGGCCAUCGCGAACGCCAAGGAUGCGGAAGAUCGCAGCACUAACAUCGCCACCGACAUCGAGGCUCUGGAGCGUGCCAUUGAGGAGGUUCUGUCCAUGAUCGACCGGGUAUCACGCUAUGUGGAGUCUGUUAUCGAUGAGGAGGCUCCCGCUUCGACCGCCAUGGGUCAGUUCUUGCUGAACGCGCUUGCUCUAGCUCCCAAGGUGGAUCCCGUCGAAAUCGAGAAGGACUUCCACAACCACAUCCAGGACGUCCUCGUGGUCUCCUACCUUGCCAACACCAUCCGCACACAGAUGGAGCUGUCUAACCGAUUGGCAACCGCACAGCUUACUCUUGGCGGCGGUGACGCUGCUGGCGCGGGCGAGGGCAACCAGCGCAACCAGCGCGGUGGCAAGGGUGGCCGUCAACGCCAGGACCGGGGUAGUGCUGCCGAGGAGACCCGCGCAUAA